AUGCGCGGCUCGCUCAGCGUGUGGGGGGUUGGGUCUGGGCUGCUCUUGCCUGAGGGGGACGCUCUCCUUGCUCCGCAGUCUGAUGACCGCGACUCCAAGCGGGAUUCCCUGGAGGAGGGGGAGCUGAGGGACCACCGCAUGGAGAUCACCAUCCGGAACUCGCCCUACAGGAGGGAGGACUCCAUGGAGGACCGAGGAGAGGAAGAUGACUCCUUGGCUAUCAAACCACCCCAGCAAAUGUCACGGAAAGAAAAAGCUCAUCACAGGAAAGAUGAGAAGAGAAAAGAGAAACGCAAGCACGCCAGAGUGAAGGAGAAGGAGAGAGAGCAUGAGCGCCGGAAGCGGCACCGAGAGGAGCAGGACAAGGCUCGCCGGGAGUGGGAGAGGCAGAAGAGGCGGGAGAUGGCGAGAGAGCACUCCAGGAGAGAGAGGGACCGCCUGGAGCAGCUGGAAAGGAAGCGGGAGCGGGAGCGCAAGCUGCGGGAGCAGCAGAAGGAGCAGCGGGAGCAGAAGGAGCGGGAGCGGCGUGCAGAGGAGCGGCGCAAGGAGCGGGAGGCGCGGAGGGAAGUUUCCGCGCAUCACCGCGCCAUGCGAGAGGACUACGGCGAUAAAGGGAAGGCCAGCCACUGGAGCCGCAGCCCGCCCCGGCCUCCGCGGGAGAGGUUUGAGCUGGGAGACGGCCGGAAGCCAGUGAAAGAAGAGAAGAUGGAAGAGAGAGACCUGCUGUCUGACCUACAAGACAUCAGUGACAACGAGCGGAAGACCAGCUCGGCCGAGUCCUCCUCAGCGGAAUCAGGGUCAGGUUCUGAGGAGGAGGAAGAGGAGGAGGAGGAGGAGGAGGAGGGGAGCAGCAGUGAAGAAUCGGAGGAGGAGGAGGAGGAAGAGGAGGAGGAGGAGGAAGAAGAGGAGACCGGGAGCAACUCUGAGGACGCAUCUGGACAGUCGGCAGAGGAGGUGAGCGAGGAAGAAAUGAGUGAAGACGAAGAGCGAGAGGCUGAGAACCACAUCCUCGUUGUUCCAGAGUCACGAUUCGACCGAGAUUCCGCGGACAGCGAAGAAGGGGAGGAAGAGGUGGGCGAGGGCACCCCCCACAGCACCGCCCUGACCGAAGGCGAGUUCGUGCCCGACUCCCCAGCCCUGUCGCUCGAGCUCAAGCAGGAGCUGCCCAAGUACCUGCCCGCCUGCAGGUCAGGCGCCCGCACGCUGCUCUUCACUGGUC